AAAAUGUUUCAGCGAGAGGUUGCAAAUUUUAGGUUUUCUCAAAAAAAAUAUAUCUACAUCAAUGAAUGUGAACACUGGAAGUUUUCGGGACAGCACACCUGUGAUGUUGAAUGAAACACCUGAAUUUGAAUCCAUACACAGAAGAGUGCCUGUGAGUCAU